AUGGUCUCUGGUAAACCUGGGCCCGUGUAUCAGGCCCCCGUAGCCGCCAUGAACUCGGGAGCCGCCCAGCGUCAGCAAGGCGCGUUCUAUAAACCUAGACAGCAAAAUUACUUCUCCCCAACUCAAAAUGGGACGUGGACGUCAACAACGACUCAAAGCCCAAAGGUGACAUACACAGGGCCUGCUUCAAAUCCGAAAGUCGUCCGCCUCAUAUCGUGGAACAUCGACGUCCUAGUCCCUUUUGCGGAAGAGCGCAUGACUGCUGCGCUGCAGUAUUUGGAUAGCUUAGUGUCCUCAACACCCGUGGACGUGCCAGUGGUACUAUUCCUGCAGGAAAUGGGCCUGAGCGACCUCGAGCAGAUCCGAGACUCAAAAUGGAUCCAUCAACGCUUCAACAUCACCGAGCUCGACAACCAGAACUGGCCAAGUCCACACUACGGCACCACCACGCUCAUAGACCGGCGCCUGAAAGUCAAAAACGUCUUUCGCGUCCCAUGGUUUAGCAAGUUCGGCAGGGACGGCCUCUUCGUCGACAUCUCCCUCUCUCAUCCUUCGCAUUCAAACUCAGACCGCAAAGUCCUCAGACUCUGCAACACGCACCUCGAAUCUCUUGUUGCAGACCCACCUGUCCGCCCUGUGCAACUCUCCGCCGCAGCAACAGUCCUGCAAGAGACAGAUGUUGCGUGCGCACUCUUAGCUGGUGAUCUCAACGCCAUAGAGCCCUUCGACCUAACACUGCAUUCUGAUAAUCACCUCAAAGAUACGUAUCUGGAGCUGGGAGGCGUGGAGGGUGCCGACGAAGGGUAUACGUGGGGAUAUCAGGUGCCGCAGUGGAUGAAAGAUAAGUUCGGAUGCAGCAGAAUGGAUAAGAUCUUGUUCAGGGGUGAAGUAAAGCCAAAGGCAUUUGAGAGGAUUGGUGCGGGUGUUAAGGUGGCUGAGGAGCAUCGAGGGAAGCUGAGAGAGGCGGGGGAGCAAGAAUGGGUCACUGAUCACUAUGGUGUGAUGGGAGAUUUUGAGCUCACCGGAGACUGGACGUUGCAGGAAUAA